AUGGACGACCUUGCCGGCCUCAGCUGGUCGACAACGCCCAGUAACCCGCCGAAACCUUCCCAAUCUUCAACUUCAACAUCCCCGUUCGCAAAUCUAAACCCUCCCGUUUCAAACCCCCUCUCCUCUCUCCGCCCUAGCCCCUCACCCUUCGCCUCCGGCCGCAACACGCCUCUCUCAACCCAAGGAUCCGGCAAUGUCAUCAACAAACCAGUCCCGACCUCUGCGAAGCCCGCCCAAGACAGCUUCAGCAACUUGUUGAACUUUGGCACCGGCGGCAAGAAUAAUGCCAAUCUAAGCCUGCGACAGCGGCAGGAGCUUUUGGAGGCAGAAAAGCGCAGGAAAGAGGAGGAGAAGCGCCAGCUCGCGCAGCAGACUUUUGGAGAGGGUCAUUUCUUUGACUCGCUUGCUUCAAGGAGUCAGUCUGCAUCGUCUUUGCAGGCGCCGCCGGCGGCUGGUGUGCCCACGCCUCUGACGUCGUCGACGGGGUCGACUCGUGGGGCUGGAGUUGCAGUUGGGGCACAAAAGAAGACAGCGAGUGAGUCGGAUGAGGACUUGUUUGCUGCGUUCAGGGCUGAGACGAAGGUGGAUAAUUCGAGCUACUUUCCUCCGCCAACUACGUCAGAGAAGCCGACGCCUGCUAAGGCGCCGGCGCUUGAUCUUACAGAUCCGAAUGCGUGGGGGAAGCCGCCUGCGUCUGGGCCGGGGUCUGGGAAUGGGAGUGGCGGGUUGCUGGAUGAUGAUGAUCCGUUUGGGUUGAGUCAGCUCCAGGCGAAGCCAAGCGCCCCGGCGGCGGCGGCUACUGCUGUUGAUGAGGAGGAUGAUUUGUUAGGCGACCUGGCCAAGCCUGUAGAAGAGAUCCGGAAGAAGAGGGAAGCAGAAAGGCCUGCCUUUUCUCGGCAGCCUCAGCCGGGCAAGCCGAUCGAGGAUUCGUCAUCAGACUCUGAGCCGGAGAGGCCUGGUGCGCCUACUGGAUCUGAUGACCCGUUUGAUCGGGCCGUCGCCCAGAUCAUGGAGUAUGGAUUCUCCGCCGAGGAUGCUAGGAGGAGCUUAACCGAGAGCGGCGCUGGCAUCAACGUCCAGGUUGCCGUCAACUGGCUGCUCGAUGACGCGCAUAGGAAGGCCAAGGAUAAGGCCAAGGCACGAAGCAGGGCAGGCGAUCAGCCUUCAUUCCCCGAGGAGCUACCCCCCAGACCUCCUCGCAAUGGCACUUCAUCAUGGAUAAGGGAGGAGUCAUCACGAGAUAGCUCACGCAGCCGAGACAACCGGUCGCCUGCUUCCUUCAUCGAAGGCGAUCUGGCCAAGACGGCUGCAGCCAUGGGUACUCAAUUUCUCAAGACAGCCAACAAUUUGUGGAAGCAAGGACAGAAGAAGGUCCAGAAGGCCGUGGCCGAGUUCCAGAACGAGGGCGACCCCAGCCAGCCCAAGUGGAUGCGGUCAGCAGCGACGGACCGGCUCCCGGGUGAUAUGCGGGAUGAGCCGGCCCAGGUUACCGACGAAGCUCUCAUGCUGGAGGCCGGAGGCCCUCCUCCGAAGCCGAAGCGUCCCAGUCCUGAGAGCCGCGCUCCGAGCGAAGUCCCGUCGCGCGAGCGGUCGCCGGCUCUCCCCCCUCGUCCGGGACAGGCGCCGAGAUGGCAGCACCUUUCUCAGCCGCCCCUGGAUUCCCGCUCGCGCCUGAACAGGCUGGCUGCUGAGGAAGAGAGCUUCCAAGCCUACGUCAGCCCAGCACGUAGGAAGAAGACGAUGCCUCAACCCCAGCCCGAGCCCAAACCUAAACCUUCUCCCUCCGCUGAGCCCGAACCCGACCUCCUCUUUGGUGUCUCUUCUCCAGCUCCAGCUCCGACUACUCGUCCAACCCCUCAAUCUCAUCCCUCCCCCGCCCCGACCCCUGCUGCUCAGAAACCCAAACCAGCCCCUUCUCCGGCCCGCCCAGCUCGCCAAAUCCCCCAAGUCUCCCCCGCCGCCCUCCAAACCUCAACCAAACACCGUCUCGAAGGCACAUCCCACUUCAAACGUGGCGACUUUGCCGCCGCCCAUACCUCCUACACCUUGGCCCUCUCCUCCCUCCCCUCUGACCAUCCCCUCACCAUUGUGUUACUCACCAACCGCGCCCUUACUUCCCUAAAGACUGGUGAACCGAGGCAAGCCAUAUCUGACGCGGAUGCCGCAUUGCAAAUUAUCGGACCUAAUGAGGGUAAGGGUGAAACAGUGGAGGUUAUUAAUGAGAAGGGGGAGACUGAGCGAAGGGAUAUGCGUGAGUUGUUUGGGAAAGCACUCGUUCGCAAGGCGGAGGCAUUGGAGCAAAUUGAGCGAUGGGAGGAUGCAGGGAGGGUUUGGCAAAGGGCUGUGGAGGGGGGUGUGGGAGGGCAGGUUGCUAUCACGGGGAAGCAAAGGUGUGCUAAGGCUUUGGCACCGAAGCAGAGUGUCACGGCGAGGUCCUCGCCUGCGCCAAGUAGUGCAAAACUCAGGCCAAGUGUCCCGGCAAGGUCGUCGCCCGCCCUGAGGACACCUACGAUCCCGCCGAAGGAUUCCGAAGCGCUGAAGCUAGCUAGAGCAGUGCACGAGGCCGCGGAACGAGAGAACGACGAGAAGUUUCAGCUGACAGAUAAAGUGGAUGCAAGGAUCUCGGCGUGGCGGGAUGGGAAGAGGGAUAACCUUAGGGCAUUACUCACCAGCUUGGAUACGGUACUGUGGGAGGGGAGUGGAUGGAAGAAGGUUAGCUUGCAUGAGCUGGUCAUGCCGAAUAAGGUGAAGGUGAUGUACAUGAAGGCUGUGGCCAAGACGCAUCCUGAUAAGCUGCCGCAAAAUGCCACGACGGAGAUGAAGAUGAUUGCAGGGUUGGUGUUCAGCACGCUGAAUGAGGCGUGGGAUAAGUUUAAGGCGGAGAAUAAUAUGUGA